AUGCCCAGGCCCACACCCACUUCCCAAUCCAGCACCCUCCAGCACACACUCUCGCACACCCCAGCCUACAUCGUACUCGUCGAGCGCUUCACGCACGCCUCCCGGGACUCCACCCGCUACUUCUGCCCAGACCCAGACCUGGACCCGGCGAGCGCGUACGCAACGGCCUUCCUGGAGCUGGCGCCCGAGCUAGUGCACCGGGAGGCCUGGGUGCGCAGCUGGGAGUACGUCAAGAUGGCGUGCGACGUGCAUCCUGGCCCGUGGUUUAACUGUUUCUUCCUGCAGCGGGGGCCGCGGGUCAUUGCUACGGUGGAGCUGGUCGAGUACGAAAAUGAGUACGAGAAUGAGUACGAGAAUGAGUACGAAAAUGAGAAUGAGAUUGAGAUUGAGAAUGAGAUUGAGAUUGAGAAUGAGAGUGUGGAUGGGGAUGGAGAGAGGGAGAGAGAAGGUCACGCUCAUGAGGAGACGGCCAGGGAAAGCCGCGCCGAGGCUAGUCACCGAGCGAAAAAUCUCGAGCAAGAGAGAGAAAGAGAAAGAGAACCCCACCCUCCCCAACCGACGCCUAUCAGCAACAGCAGGAGCCAUCCACGCCACCUCCCACAGCCGCCGCCAACAACGAAGGAGACUCAGCCGCGCUCUCGGAAGAGGACUUUCCAAGACUCCACGCGCGAGGCGCAGAACCAAGACCAAGACCAAGACCGGGGAGAAUCUGGAGUUGAGGAUAGUACAAAAAGUCCGUCGUCGGUCUUGGCUCGUGAAGGGGAGAGGGUGGUGAAGAGAAGAGCGCUGAGCUUGUGA